ACCCAUGUGAGAUGCAAAUUCCUUUUCUCAUACAUAUCUCUUGGUCUCUGUCUGAGACAACAUAGCUUUGGUUCAUUACACAUAUAUAUAAUCUAAUUUGAAUCGACCAUAAUUGAAAGAACAAAUAAAGAGAGAGAGGAAAAGAAGAAAAGAAAAAAGGAGGGCCUCUCGCCCUCUUCUUCUUAUUAUGCCUCCUCUCAGAUCUUAGAUUCUCUCAAACGUUCCAUCUGGCUUGUCUUCUUUUGGUGGAAUCCCGGAUUGCAAGUCGAUCGGUGGAUGCUCUGACGUUCCUGGAUUCAAUCCAAGAACACCCAUUUCUUAUCUAACAAUAAGAGCAUCCAAGUUUUCUGUGAAUUCUGUGAUGAGUAGAUUAUGUGUUGCUGAUUAGAUCCGGAUGGAAAUGGAGCCUGGCAAGCUUUUCAUUGGUGGGAUAUCUUGGGACACAAACGAAGACCGUCUUAAAGAAUAUUUCCAGUCUUUUGGAGUAGUAGUGGAAGCUGUGAUAAUGAAGGAUCGGGCCACGGGUCGUGCCCGUGGUUUUGGUUUUGUUGUUUUUGCAGACCCUGCUGUUGCAGAAAGAGUUGUUAUGGAAAAGCAUGUGAUAGAUGGUAGAACUGUUGAAGCGAAAAAAGCUGUUCCUAGAGAUGAUCAGAACAUUCUGAACAGAAACAAUAGCAGCAUUCAUGGGUCUCCUGGUCCUGCCCGCACGAAGAAGAUAUUUGUAGGAGGCUUAGCAUCCACAGUCACCGAGAGCGAUUUUAAGAAGUACUUUGAUCAGUUUGGGACAAUUACAGAUGUGGUGGUGAUGUAUGACCACAAUACUCAAAGACCAAGAGGAUUUGGGUUCAUUACCUAUGAUUCAGAGGAAGCAGUAGAGAAAGUGUUGUACAAAACCUUUCAUGAACUCAAUGGUAAAAUGGUUGAAGUUAAACGAGCUGUUCCCAAAGAAUUAUCUCCAGUUCCAAGUCGGGGCCAAUUGGCUGGAUAUAACCAUGGUCUGAGUAGAGUUAGUAGCUUCCUUAAUGGUUACACUCAGGGAUAUAAUCCAAGUCCAGUUGGGGCGUACGGAAAUAGAUUGGAGGGUAGAUUUAGUCCGGUUACUGUUGGUCGUAGUGGAUUUCCUCCAUUCAGUCCUGGAUAUGGAACAGGACUGAAUAUUGAGCCUGGGUUGAGUCCAAGCUAUGGGGGAAAUGCAAACCUUAAUUCUGACCUUGGCUUUGGACGGGGAUUGAACCCUUUAUACACUGGAAAUUCAAAUAGAAAUGUUAACCACAUCGGCUAUGGUGGGGGUAAUGGAGGAAGUGGUUCAAUCUUAAGUUCAGCGAGUCGUAAUCUGUGGGGGAAUGAGAGUCUUAAUUACUCUACUAACUCCUCAAACCCUAGUGCUUUACUGGGCUCUAGAAGUGGAAAUUCAGGAAUAGGUUCUUUUGCCAAUAUCGAAGCACUUUGGAGUUCCUCUCCUAACUCAGGUCAAGGCGGAGGUGCUGGUUCUACCUACGGUAGCGGCAAUCUUGGUUAUGCCAGUGGAGAAGUCAGUUUUGGUUCAGGAGCAGUAGGGUACGGAAGAAACAGUGGAACCAGUGUUGCACCAGCAUCAUCAUAUGCAUCAAAUGGUGGUUACAGUGGGUCUUAUGAUGAAAUUUAUGAAGGUGGUUUGUUUUAUGGGGACCGAACUUGGCGAUCAUCACCUUCAGAGCUAGAGGGGUCUGGCUUAUUCGGUCUUGGGCUUGGAAAUGCAGCUUCAGAUGCGUUAAGUAAAAAUUCUGGUGGUUAUGUUGGUGUUUACAGUGUUACCAAUAGACAAUCAAAUAGAGGAAUUGCUGCAUAGGGAGAUUAUGAUUUGGAUGUCCAAAAAUUAUUGUAGGUGGAGUAUAAUUGGUGAAGAAGGUGAAGUACUUUGAAUCUUCGUACAUUUUCGUCCUUGAGAUACUUCGGUAUAUGAAAAUAUGAUUAGAGCUAAUUGGUUUACCUGUUUUGAAGAACACGUCGCAGAGAGCAGUUACAAGGGAUUUCUUAUAAGGUCUGAGCUUGAGUUAAAUAUAGGUUUCUUCCCUGGAAUUUGAUUCAGAUGUAUAAUCAGAUUGCUGGGUAUACAGAGAUUUAUUGUAUCCUGCAUCUCUGGUGACAUAGCAAUACAGAAACAAGCAAGACUUUUUCUUCCUCGUUUUUUUUUUUUUUUGUUGUUGUUGUAAUAUCUGGCAAAGUUGCUGGUUCUUGUCAGGCAUGUUGUUUUGCUUAUAUAACCCUUUUUCUGGGGUUUUGGUUUUUGGUAGAUUGUACGUAAUGUCUGGUUGAUUUAAGUGCAAUACUCUGAUGGGAUUGUCAUUUGGUUUCCCAGAAAAUAAUUUACAACAUAGUAAUUCAUCUCCA